AUGGAAGAGAUUCCAAAGCAGUGCCUCGCCGGCGUGGUUGUCAAUGAGGGGCCAGACUUCCACGUCGAGGUCGUCGAGGUGCCUGUCCCAGAGCCCGGCCCCUAUGAAGUCCUGAUCAAGCUCAACACAACGGGCUUGUGCAUGUCCGAUGUGCACUAUAUGCUCAAUGACCUGGGCGUGCCAUCCAUGUCACAUUUUAAGACGAGAUCUCCCGGCCACGAAGGUGCGGGAGUAAUUGUGAAAGUUGGAGCGCAGGUCACAUCCCUCAAGGUAGGCCAGCGUGCUGGAAUCAAACCAACUUGGGAUGUUUGUCAUGCAUGCGAUGUCUGUCUGUCCGGUCGGGAGAAUUACUGUAAAGGCAUGGUCUCCACGGGACUGCAAAAACCUGGCUCAUAUCAACAGUACAUCGUCUCGCCGGAGCGAUAUACUGCCCUGAUUCCAGACGGUGUAAGCGACUAUAUCGCGGGACCAGUCAUGUGCUCAGCAUCCACUAUGCUGCAUUCUCUAAAGACGGCCAACCUGUCAGCAGGGCAAUGGGCUGUGUUCGUUGGUGGCGGAGGCGGGGUUGGGCUUCAAGGCGUUCAGCUGGCAUACGCUAUGGGCCUCCGUCCUAUCGUGGUUGACACUGGGGCGAAACGAGAGGAACUGAGUCGAAAGUACGGCGCUGAGCAUUUCGUGGACUUCAGAGAGACCAAGGACGCAGUGGCUGAUGUAGUGACGUUGACCGAUGGCGGUGCCCACGGUGUCUUUGUGACUGCGAUCCAAGCCUAUCCCACUGCCAUGGGGUUCCUUGGUGAUCGAGUAGGAGGAAGGCUGAUGUGUAUUGGUCUUGGACCCCCAAAUACGCAUACCAUCACCCUUGAUCCGACUGUUUCGAAUUUUAUGGCUAGAAACCAAUCAGUCACAAGCACCAUCGUCAGCUCAUUGGGCGAAAUCACACAGGCACUUGACUUUGCUAAACGCAGUGAGUUCAAUCCCCAUCUUCAUCUCGACCCAGAAAUCGUCGGAGUGUCGCAGUGGAACGAGGCGGUUCAGCGUUUGAAGAACGGACAAGUCGCUGGGCGCAAGGUCAAAUGUGAUCGCAUCCUCCCUAGAUGCUCGAUAUGCCUCAAGACGCAACAAGAAUGUGACUAUCCAUCCGAAGCAGCAAGACCUGGUCCCAAGCUCGGCACAACCAGACGGAAAAGACCUCGAUCUAGCUCUCUGGAGAAGCAGUGCGACAAGCCCACCAUCACAGAAGUCUCGGACUCUACUGCGCCUGUCGAGAGCGCCGACGGCAGGACAGAGCUGGAAGCGAGCACGGCUCUGGUUUCGAGUGCUAAUGCUGCCAAUGGAAGCCCGACACCAACGUCUGCCAGUUUCAAGUCGGGGCCUGUCGGUGGCUAUCCUCUGACACCUGUUGCUACGCCGCUCGAUGUACGCACUUUGGCCUUUAUCAUGCAUCCUUCUCACGAGACAGCCAUAACCCUCUCCAACAUGGAGUUUGUGUCUUCCAGCAAGUCGAGCACCACGCUAGACAACAUAGACCGGCUCGCGCAAGCGUGUGCCUUGCUCAAAGUCCCAGCAAAUGCUCUUCAGUCGUAUUUAGACCUCUACUUCGACAAUAUGACAUCCUUUUCGCUUUUCCAUCGACCUACCUUUGCGGCCAAGUUGUGCGCCAUCGACUCGGUAGAGCAGCUCGCAGCGUUGCUUGCAUCGAUCUUCUCAUUUUCAGCGCGCUAUAGAUUCACCUCGGAUCAGGGCGCCACUGACUUGGACGACGGUCUCGGUCCACUACUUCCGCCCAAACAUUUCGAGGACAUGGCUCUACGAUAUGUCGAUCAAGCACUGGCCGAGUACUCGGAUCGCUCACCGCCGCUGUGUGUCUUACAAGCUCUCGUCCUCAACACAUUCAGCCAGCUAAUCAAAGGGGUCCGGGGUGCAGCUUGGCGGCGGCUGGGGAUCUGCGUCCGUGUCGCAUACGAGCUUGACCUCCAUCACGUUGACCGAGAUAACACGCCCGAACAGCAAGACCCAGAUAUCUGGUGCCGGAUAGAGGAGUGCAGGCGCGCCUGGUGGGCAAUCUGGGAGAUGGACAACUUUGCCAGCCUCAUAAGGCGCUGUCCAACCGCUGUCGACGGUACUGAUAACGAGACACGCUUCCCAGUGGCGGACGAAGAGUGGUUCGCUCUGCGCUUCACCCCCAGUUGCUUUCUUGAGACGAAGCCAAUGGAGCGGUUAAAGGCUCUUCAACAAUGCAGUACCCAGAGCUCCAAGGCAUGGUUUCUCGUACUGGAUUCUCUCAUGCGCGAGGGCCAUCGACUCUCGAAAUUCAGAAGCCCGUGCCCUGGUAGGGGGACAUCGCCUCCUUCAGCCUGGUCUCCGUCCGACGAACCAUCAAAGGACAAUACGGAGAGUUUACAGAUCCUUGCCAAUGCUCUGCGGUGCUUCAGCAUGGCUCUUCCAAAGCAUCUGCGCUACCGGGAUGGGUUUUUGUCCUUCACUGCCAAUGACCCAGCAAUACGACAGCUGCACAGUGCGAAGUACAGCAUCCAUGUAACCACUCAGCUCACGCGUAUGAUGAUCCAUCAUCAAGACGCGUACCAUGGUGCCCAGCAAGAUCUACAUCUAACCGGUCUUCAGGAGGGCCCGAACCAAGAUUCAGAUGCCACAUCAGAGAACGAGUCGCUGAGCCUGCGUCUCGGACCAGCCAGAGAGGGGAUGCAGCAGUUCAUCGAGGCUGCGGAUGAGCUGCUCCGCAUUGUGUCAUGGAGCUCAGAGGAGCAUGUCCGCUAUGUCAACCCGUUCCUAGCCAGCACCAUCUGGUACGGGGCAGUGGUUCAUUUGGGCUGGAAAGUGCUGGCACCACCAAGCACGAACCUCGACUGGGUCGAAUCCAAGUUUACCGUGCUACAUAUGAUCCUGAUGGAGUUCUCCGAGUUCUGGGACUUGCCCAAAACGCUCCAGGAGAAUCUGGCGUCAGUUGAAGGCAAAUUGCGCUUGUUCAAAACCCCCAAAGCUCGCCGGCCGUCUCACCCGAAUCAUACCACCUGCGCGAAUAGAGAUAGGAACACAAGUUCAUCUACCAACAAUGUGCAGUCCACGAUUUCGAGAGAUCGUCAUGUCGGUGGCCACUUCCCAGCUGCACAAUCAUCUAUGGCUCAUAACUCCGCCAUUGACGCCGAUUGCCUCCCAAAUUGUAACCGGGACGACAGUCACUCUGUGGGUGCCCAGCAAUUCCUGCCGGCUAGAUUGGACAUGAAUCCUGACGGCAGAGCCACGGCUUCUAACGGCAGUGGUCGGGAAAGUCGCUAUGCUUCUAUCGACGAGGUCGCCGUCGCAUCAGCGAUGGGUGGUAUGGGAACCAAGGACUGUGACGACCACAAUGACCAUUACACGUUUGACGAGUCCUGCCUAUCGAGCACUGACAUGUUGAAUGGGGACGGCAACUAUGGUGAGCAAGCCACAAACAACUAUCAGACUCGCGGACUAUGGGACGACUUGACGUGGGAUCUGGACUUCGCAAUGGAUCCUAGGAGUUUGUUUCGAGGUAUCAUGGAUUAUAAUAACUGA